CACAGAGACCUCCCUCCCUCAAGCAAAACUCAGAAUUUGACAAGUGACCACAGCGCCCCGGACAUACACUGGUACGCUCAGAGAUAAUGCAUUCAAAGUGACAGAGGUGGAUCAUGCCUUUGCCAAAUCCCAUGGAAUGGAUCAAGAAGAGCCGGGGUUCUCCUCGUCUGGUGCUUGUAAUCGUCUGUGUGGCCCUCUUACUAGACAACAUGCUGCUAACUGUUGUGGUUCCCAUCAUCCCCACUUUCCUGUAUGCCAUGGAGCAUCAUACGCAAAACCUUUCGUCUGCCACCACAUCCGAGUCUCUUCCAGCCUCCACAAGGUCGACCUUCAACUCCAUCCAAUCUCUGUACGACAACACCACCUAUACUAUCACGAUCACCAAUCACAAUCUUUCUACUGCACUCAGCCCAUAUGGAGGUUCAGAGAGUUAUAAUAUUUCUUCUGGAUGUAAAGAGGACAGUCAGUUUUUGGAAGAUGAGAAUGUCAGAGUUGGGCUAAUGUUUGCCUCCAAAGCCGUAGUGCAACUCAUUGUCAACCCUUUUGUGGGUCCCCUUACUAACAGGAUUGGAUAUCACAUACCAAUGUUUGCGGGGUUUGUCAUCAUGUUUGUCUCCACAAUAAUGUUUGCCUUUUCAGGGACGUACGGUUGGCUGUUUUUUGCCCGCUCGCUGCAGGGGAUUGGCUCUUCCUUUUCCUCUGUGGCAGGUCUGGGAAUGCUGGCCAGUGUGUACACAGAUGAUAAUGAGAGGGGAAUUGCGAUGGGAAUAGCUCUGGGAGGACUUGCCAUGGGAGUACUUAUUGGAGCGCCUUUCGGCAGCGUUAUGUAUGAGUUUGUUGGUAAAAGUUCUCCCUUCCUCGUCCUUGCCUUCCUGGCUGUAUUUGAUGGAAUCCUCCAGCUGUGUAUUCUUCAGCCCUCCAAAAUAUCUCCAGGGAGUGUUGAAGGAUCACCGUUGAUCACCCUGUUAAAGGAUCCUUACAUACUCAUUAGUGCAGGCUCAUUGUGCUUUGCAAACAUGGGAGUGGCUAUUUUAGAGCCCACACUUCCCAUCUGGAUGAUGCAAACAAUGUGUUCACCAAAAUGGCAGCUGGGUAUGGCUUUCCUUCCUGCCAGUGUGUCAUAUCUCAUUGGCACAAAUCUCUUUGGUAUGCUUGCCAAUAAAAUGGGAAGGUGGUUAUGUUCCAUGAUUGGGAUGUUUAUAGUUGGCAUCAGUCUUCUGUGUGUUCCCUUUGCCACAAACAUCUACGGGCUCAUUGGUCCUAAUGGAGGGUUGGGAUUUGCUAUUGGAAUGGUUGAUUCUUCUAUGAUGGCUAUAAUGGGUUACCUAGUGGAUAUCAGACAUGUCUCUGUCUAUGGGAGCGUGUACGCAAUUGCUGAUGUGGCACUUUGCAUGGGCUUUGCAAUUGGCCCAUCCACUGGCGGAGCCAUCGUAAGAUCAAUUGGCUUUCCCAAUCUUAUGGUUAUAAUAGGUGUUAUCAACAUCCUUUAUGCACCUCUUUGCUUCUUCCUCAAAAAUCCUGCUAUUCGGGAGGAGAAGAUGGCUAUUAUAAAUCAAGAGUGUCCAAUGCGAGUAAAGAGCUACAAUACUCAACGUGAGUACAGAGAAUUUCCACUGAGUGAUGAAAGUGAAGAGGACACAGAAGAGUGAAACUUCUCAACUAGUCAUCAAGUUUACCGCAGACCUGAUUUAAAAGUCCAAUUAUUCAUAUUACAAUCACUAUUCCCAUUCUUACAAUCAUUUGUGUGUGUUGGUUACUGGAAUGUUAUUGCUUUCUUACCUGUGUGCCUUCCCUGUCUUAUAUCUUGCCAAUUGUUUUA